UCUAAACAGGUGUUAAGCGAUGCUCACGCAAUCAGACCCACUUUAAAACCAGCAUGGGACACAGUUUCCACAUAUAUUAUGUCCCCGGACACAGCAACGAUCGACUGAAGCAUCUCCCAGGCUGCGUAAUUUUAGUCCACUCUCCAUUGGGGAGUUAAGAUGCGCAUUGAAGCUUAACUAAUUGUUUUUUUUGUCUUAUUUUCGAUGCACAAACUCAUCGUUUGGAGGUACAAUAACCACUGUUAGUAGUUAGUGGAAAAAGUUCCACUGCGGUUAGAACAUGAAUGAGGUGGGGUUCCUGUGUCUUCUCCUGACCACCCUCUCUGGUGGUGUGGUUUCCUCCGGGGCUGACAGAGGUUUGGUGUCUGCUGUCUGCCCAGAACCCCGCAAGGCCUUUGACGGCUCCUGCUACGACUUUGUCGGAGCGAGGCGGUCGUUCUGGGCUGCCCAGGCGUGGUGUGAGCAAGGCGGCGGACACCUGGCCUUCGUCCACACCCAGGAGACCGAGGCGUUCCUCCGGUCCCAGCUGGACCCGGAGAGAGACUGGUGGCUGGGGCUGGCCCCGCAUGCACCUGCACACGGCAACGCCGGGGAACGGACAGCAGGGAUCCUGUAUUGGCUGGACGGCUCGGAUUUCCUUUAUUCCGACUGGGGGAAUGGGGUGCAGCCAGGGGUGUGCUCUGCGCACCUCCAGGGAAACUCUUUAUUCCGCUGGAAGGCCACCGCAGACUGCCACCAGGAGCUGAACUUUGUCUGCCAGUAUGAGUCGGUUCGGGCCAUAGCGUGCGAAGGCCAUGACGUAGAGCUGCCAUGCCCGUCGGGUCACGUGAUCAACAUCGACGGUGGUUCUUAUGGUCGAGAGAACCCUCACUACUGUCGACGACCCCUCUCACUCUCGCCGACAUCAUUCACAUUGCCCACGUCUGAGCAGUGUGCCUCGGUGGAUGUUUUAAAUAUACUAGCAGAACAGUGCGACGGACUCGAGGUGUGUCGGGCCAGCGUGGUUCAGUCUCUACUGGGCGAACCCUGUCCUAUCCAUGGAAGCUAUCUGUCUGUCCAAUACCACUGUGACGACGAUCACAGCACCUGUCUGCUGGCGACCGGUGACGGGCAUUUCACACGAUUACAGAGAACAAAAAGGUCGGAGAGCAAUGUUGUGCACCGAUAUGUCCGGCCGGGGGUAUAUACGCUGAGGGUGGAAUGUUCCGGCGGCAACGGUGGCGGUGAGAUGGAUGACGUCAGCGCUCAGACGGUGGUCGUGAUCGGAGGACACAGGACGGAGCUCCGCGACCUCACCUGUCACUCGGGUGACUUGUUAUCGGCUGAAGACGGCUGCACGGCCCUACUGGGGAGACCCUUGGCGGUCCGGAUGAACGGGGCAUCAGGGACCCCUGGUAUCACCUACACCCUCCUCCGGCCUGGGGGGGGUGUGCUGGCCAGCUCCAAGGCUGCCGUCGGGGACGUCCGGCCCAGCCUCGCGGUGGGCUCAGCCGCCCUGGAUCUUCUGGGGCUGGGCUGCCAUCCCCUCAGCCUGCACGCCUCUGGCAACAGCCCCGGCCUCCCUCAGACACUGGACCUGCAGGUUCACUUCCAGAAAGAGGCCCGUGUUAGAGUGGUCCGAUCGGUGGGUUUAAGGACCACAGCCACACCCGACAGCACGCUGACCAACCGCCACAACGGUGUCAUACUGAGCGCCACGGAUGGCUACCCUGAGGCCAGCAUCGACAUCCUCAAAUACGAGUGGAAAUGCGAUCACUGUAGAUGCCAAGAUGUGUGGCCGACCAUGAUCCACGAGGUGACUAAGGACUGCCUCCCGAACCCGUUUGAAUAUUACGAAUACAACCUUUUUGUGUACGACAACGAAGGCAACCCAAAGGACUUUGGAUCGACGUGUAUCACUGUUUCACCACCUAAAUUCCCCUCCACGACAAUAGGGUGUGAUAGUGGUUGUGACACAGUCAAAGUGGACACUGAUGUAAGGGUCACACUGCAGUGUCGGGAAGACUGCCCCACUGUGGUCUGGAACAUCGAGGAUCCCAACAGCGAAGACAGCUUGGUUGGGUCAAUGAGUUGCUACCAGUCAUCAGGCAAGAGGCCCCUGAAAGACCCAAAGAUGGGUGGGAAAGAUUACACUGUGGGCAAGGAAAGACUGGCAGAGGCCUUGGCUAGUGGUCGGAAUCUCACUGUUGUCGCCUACGGAACAAACGUUGAUGGAUAUGCAACAUACACUAUCGAUCUUGUCGGCACUUCCACUACUAAAUCUCGAAAAACCAGGGGGGCUCCAAACCUUAGGAAAAAGGAUGAUGAUGAUGAGGAUGAUAAGAAGGAAAAGGAAGAUAAGGAUAAGAAGGAAAAGGAAGAUAAGGAUAAGAAGGAAAAGGAAGAUAAGGAUAAGAAGGAAAAGGAAGAUAAGGAUAAGGAUGAUAAGGAAAAGGACGAUAAGGAGAAGGAUGAUAAGGAUAAGGAUGAUAAGGAUAAGAAGGAAAAGGAAGAUAAGGAUAAGGAUGAUAAGGAUAAGAAUGAUGAGGAUGAUAAGGAUAAGGAUGAUAAGGAUAAGGGUGAUAAGGAUAAGAAGGAAAAGGAUGAUAAGGAUAAGGAUGAUAAGGAUAAGGAUGAUAAGGAUAAGGAUGAUAAGGAUAAGGAUGAUAAGGGUAAGGAUGAUAAGGAUAAGGGUGAAAAAGAAGAUAAGGAUAAGAAGGAAAAGGAUGAUAAGGAUAAGGAUGAUAAGGAAAAGGAUGAUAAGGAUAAGGAUGAUAAGGAUAAGGGUGAAAAAGAAGAUAAGGAUAAGAAGGAAAAGGAAGAUAAGGAUAAGAAGGAAAAGGAUGAUAAGGAUAAGGAUGAUAAGGAUAAGAAUGAUGAGGAUGAUCAGGAUAAUGGGGAUGAUAAGGAUAAGAAUGAUCAGAAUAAUGAGGAUGAUGAGGAUAAUGAGGAUGAUAAGGAUAAGGAUGAUCAGGAUAAUGGGGAUGAUCAGGAUGAGGAUGAUAAGGAUGAUAAUGAUCAAAAUGAUGAUAAUGACCCUAAGGAUGAAAAUGAUGAUAAGGAUGAUAAUGAUCCAAAGGAUGAUAAUAAUGAUGAGGAUAAGGACGAUACUCCAAAACCUCCAUCAUGUGAAAUCUCACCUUCAAAAGGAACUGUUCUUACGGGUUUCAAGAUCAGCUGCAAAAGUGAAAGAGAAUGCCCAAACUGCAAAUACCAAUUUAAGACCUCAACGGGUGUCCAUCUGUACUGUGGUGACAAGAGUGAAGUCAAAUCUCUGUUCCUUCCGGCUGGACUGAGAGAUUCAGAAAACAAGGUGACCAUCGACGCCACCAUACAAGGAAGUAGCAUCAGCAUGAUAGCAGAGGUUAUAGAGCCAACCGACAGUCCCAGUGGGGGGGACCUGCAGGCCGUGUGGGACGGGGCCGUGGCUGACCUGGAGGAGCAGGGUCUGCUGGCCAUCGAGACCCUGGCCCAGCUCAUCCAGUCCGUGGCCAAACAGCUCCUCCGACAGAUGGACAAAUCCCAAGCGAGCCCCAGGAUGAAGCUUUGGGAGAAGAUGUUGCAGCUACUAAAGGAGACAAACACGAGAGCCCUAUGUGCCACCACGAACAAGAACAAGCUGAAUGCUGAGGUCCUGGGGUCCAUCACACCGCCGGGGGGAGAGUUCAACCUUGCCCAGCAGAGAAAACUGGUCUCAAUGGCGCAGGGCCUGAGCUCAUCCAUGCUCUCUGGGGACAAAGGCAAUGACGUGGAGACACUGUCAUUAGCUGGUUCAAUUGUGAACAUCAUCAGCUACAUACUUGACUCCGCCUCUGAGAAGGAGGUUUUGGAUGUUCUUCUUGACACACUUGACACGGUACAGAAUGCCCUGCUGAGGGACAAACAGGUUGAUUCCGGGCCUGCAAGUGUCCAUGCAGCGGGCGUUGGCCUGCUUGUCAAUAGGGUCAGUCCAGGAAAAGGACUCACAGAUCCUAUCGUUGCUCCAGACCCAAACUCUCCUCGGUUUACUUUCCCACCCGUCAUCACUGAGCUCCUCUCAGCCUCGGCCGUGGUAGACGUGCGAAUGAGAUACACGUGGUCAAACCCGUUUUCUUGGAAGAAACAAGGCGACAUCAGCGGCAUGGUGUCCGCCAUGUCCUUAAGCGAGCCCGACGGCUCCGCCCUACUGCUGGGCGACAUGCCAGACUACCUGGAGAUUGUCAUGCCAAGACCGGUCGGGCCGCAGCAGGAAAGCUCGUUCGUUUUGGACCUGGCUAAUCAGAGCACUGUAGUGCUGUCCGUCCCCGCAACUGAGGAAACACUGCUGAUCAAGAUUUUACCCUCGGUGGAUCCGCUGCCUGUCAAUGUAUACCUGGGCCACGGUGUCUUCCCCACCACAUCAAACUACUCUCUCAUGACCAAGAUGCCCCACGAGGGAACCACACAAGAGGAGAGAUACACGUGGUUGGUGAACCCACAGGAGCUGGGGGGGAACGAUGGCGAGUACUUCCUGGUCCUGAGGCCUGUCGUCGGCCCAGGGAUCAAGUCCAUCGACGCCACCGUAGACAUAUCUGUCUUCACCAGCAGCUGCAAGUUCUGGAACAAGACAAAGUUGGAAUGGAGUACCCGUGGUUGCCGGCUUGGAGCCGGCUCCACGUUCUCGCAGACGCAAUGUUUCUGCAACCACACGACGGACUUCGCCAGCUCGUUCUUCGUCAUGCCCAACACCAUCGACAUGUCGCGUGUGGCAGAGCUCUUCAGCUCCUUCGCCCAGAACCCCGUGGUGGUCUGCUUCGUGGGGUCUCUGUUCCUGGGCUACCUGCUGGUGGUCACCUGGGCACGCCGGAAGGACCUCCAGGAUACGGUGAAGCUGAAGGUGACGGUUCUCGAGGACAACGACCCCCUGGAGGACUACCGCUACCUCCUGAGCGUCAGCACGGGACACCGGCGAGGAGCCUCCACCUCCUCUCAGGUGACCAUAACUAUGGAGGGCUCGGACGGAGACAGCGAGCCCCACCACCUGAGCGCCAGGGGGAAGCCGGUGUUUGAACGAGGUGGGGUGGAUCUGUUCUUGCUGACCACACCCUUCUCCCUGGGCCACCUGCAGAGUAUCAGGCUGUGGCACGACAACUCCGGCUCGGAUCCGGGCUGGUACGUGAACAAGGUGGUGGUGAAGGACCUGCAGACAGAGCGGAAGUGGUAUUUCCUUUGUAACUGCUGGCUCGCUGAAGAUGUGGGAGAUUGCAUCCUAGAUAUGGUGUUCCCUGUUGCCACGGAGAUGGACUUAAAGGGAUUCAGUAAUCUGUUCUACAGCAAGACGCUCUCAGGCUUCAGCGACGGCCACCUCUGGUUCUCGGUGCUGAGCUGCCCCGCCAGCAGCCCGUUCACCCGCGUGCAGAGGGUCUCCUGCUGCUUCUCCCUGCUGAUGUGCACCAUGCUCACCAGCAUCUUGUUCUACGGGGUACCCCAGGACCCCUCGGAGCAGGUCAUGGAUAUAGGUACCAUUGAGUUCACCUGGCAGCAGUUCAUGAUUGGGAUGCAGAGUUCCCUCAUGGUGUUUCCUGUCAACAUUGUCAUCGUCAGCAUCUUCCGCUACACUCGCCCCAGGGAGAGAAAGAUGAGCCUCAAACAGCCUAAGGCCAAACCGGACACCCGGGGCCCCAAGUCAACGCUGACACAGGACCACUACACCUCACGGCCUCAACCGGCUGAAGCCUGUGAUCGCAAAUUGGAGGCUGCUGUCAAGGACAUCAAAAAGACAGCAUGUUCGUUAUCCAAGACCCUGAAGAGCAGUUCCCCUGUGUCAGAGAAGGAGCUUGAGUCGGCAGGGAGAGAGGAUGUCAAUGCCGUGCUCUCUGUGGUGGAGGCCAUCGUCCGAGAGCAUUUGGAAAAGGGUGCAGACAGGGAUGGCACCAAAGACCCUCAGCACCUUGAAAUAGAUCCGCCCAUACAAGCGGGCGGCAGCGGCGAUGGCGUACCACCACAGACCAUUACCAACGAGAGCGCGCCGAUCCACCGGGCUAAGACCCUGCACCUGCACAGACAGAUGGGCUACAUGGAGCAGAGGCUGGGGCAGCUGGACCCGCACCACUACCCCGAGCAGAACGCCCACCGUCGGGCCCUAGAGCACAUCCACACCAUUAAAGAACUCCUACGAGACCAGAUGGCCAAGGUCCAGGACGGAAACCUGGACACGUUGACCCAGAGGCCCGACCCCCUCCGCCCCGAGGUGGGGAAGGGGAAGGGGAAGAGGAGCUGCUGCGGCGGCGGCUGCCGAGGAGGUGGUCUCCCGUGGUGGUUUGUGUUCCUGGGCUGGCUCCUGGUGCUGGCCACCAGCGUGGUGGCGGGCUUCUUCACCAUGCUGUACGGCCUGAAGUUCGGCAAGCAGCUGUCCAUCAGCUGGCUCAUCUCCAUGGCCGUGUCCUUCUUCGAGAGCCUCCUCGUCAUCCAGCCGCUCAAGGUGCUGGGGCUUGCCAUCUUCUUUGCACUCGUAUUUAAGAAGUUGGACGAGGAAGACCACAAAAACGUGCAGUUUCACAAACCAACCAAUUCAGAAGCCCAGCUCGGGCAGCCCGUCUGCAGGGACAGCCAGCUCUACCGGCCCCCUCCCCCGGUGGACAUGGAGCAGAUGAGGAGGAACCGAGUCAAGGAGCAGAAAGCUUUCGCUCUCAUCAAGGAGAUCCUCACCUACGUGGGCUUCAUGUGGAUGUUGCUGCUGGUGGCGUACAGUCAGAGAGACCCCAACGCGUUCUACCUCAGUAAGCACAUCCGUAGGAGCUUCAGCAAAGACACCUCUAGCAGCAUGAACUACAGCAAGGUCUUCUCCUGGGCCAGUGGAACCCUCCUCAACAACCUCUUCGGACGCCACUCUGGCUUCAUCACCGACGGCAACUCCAAGCUGGUGGGCUCCGCUCGGAUCCGGCAGGUGCGUGUCAGCCAGAGCGCCUGCCACGCGGCGCGGCCCAUGGACCGGCUGGUGGGGGACUGCCACGCUCCGUACUCCUGGGACGCGGAGGCCAUGGGCUCCUACCACCCCGGCUGGAGGGAGAGGGCAACGGGAGACAACGCGUCUGACGGCCAGGCCACUGCCUGGACAUACCAGAACCAGGAGCAACUCCGGAGCAACACUAUCUGGGGAAAAUCUGCCUUUUAUCGGGCAGGGGGCUUUGCGGCAGACCUUGGACCAGACCGAAUCAAUGCCAGCAGGGUUCUUGAGUACCUGUACAGCAACACCUGGAUGGACACGUACACAAGGGCGGUGUUCGUGGAGUUUACCGUGUACAACGCCAACGUGAACCUCUUCUGCAUCGUCACUCUAAUCCUGGAGACCACAGCGAUAGGGGUGUUUGAGUUCCGCAGUGAUCUGCAGAACCUCCGCCUGUACCAAUCCCCCGGGGGCCUUCCGUUCUUCAUCAUGACCAUUGAAGUCUUCUACUUCCUGUUCAUCUUCUACUACAUGUACCUACAGGGUAAGAGGAUGAAGGCGCAGAGAGGAGCGUACUUCCGGUGCAAGUGGAACCUGCUGGAGCUCUGUAUCAUCCUGCUGAGCUGGGCCGCCCUCUUCAUGUUCAUCUUCAGGACGCUGGUGGGGAACCGCGACAUGGACUACUACCACCACCACAAGCAGCUCUUCGCCAACUUCCACGAGACAGCCACGGCGGACGCGGCCCUGGGCCACCUGAUAGCCUUCGUGGUGCUGCUGGCCACCAUCAAGCUGUGGCACCUGCUGCGUCUCAACCCCAAGCUGCACAUGAUCGCGGCCACGCUGCACCGCGCCUGGGGCGACAUCUCCGGCUUCCUGAUCGUCAUGACCAUCAUGAUCGUCGCCUACUCCGUCUGCGGCAACCUGUUGUUUGGCUGGCAGCUUUCCUCUUAUAUGACUCUGUGGGACAGCGUGUCAACCUUGAUCAGUUUGCAGCUGGGCAUCUUUAACUACAAAGAGGUGUUGGACCACAGUCCCUGUCUGGGCUCUCUGUUCAUCGGGACCUCUACCGUGUUCAUGACCUACAUGGUCCUGAACCUCUUCAUCUCAGUCAUCCUGAUGGCCUUCAGCUAUGAGAGAGAGCAUCACAAGCCAUCCGAGGAGGAGGAGAUUGUGGACCUGAUGGUGCUAAAGCUAUUCAGUCUGCUGGGUAUCAGAUCUUCAGGACCCCCCGGUGGGGCCAACACAGGACCACCCGGUGGGGCCACCACAGGACCACCCAGUGGGGGCAACAAAGCCCCCGACUCUCAACCCCACAAGUGACAAACACCGCCAAAGACCAGUGCCUCAGUUAGCUCAUCCAAGACAGAGAUAGAAAUGUAUUCAUAUAUUCAUUUUACUAAUAUUAAUGAGA